ACGGCUUGGUUGUUGAGAAUUUAAAGAAAGUCAAGAAGGAAGACAAGUCUGAAAAGACAGAGAAGAAUAAGCGGAAGAGACUCGAAGAUGAUUCUGAGAAUUUGAAAAAGAAAAGGAAGAAAGACGAUGGAUCGGAUAAACCAGAAAGUACUAAACAAAAAGAACAAGAGAAUAAAAAGUCUAACGAGGCUGAGAAGAAACACAAAAAUAAAGUGAUAGCAGAGGGUAACCGGAAAGGAAAGAGCGAGAAACAAGUGGAAGCAAAGGGUGAUGAGAAAGACAAACGGAAAAGGGAAAGUGAGAAACAUAAAAAUAAUACGAUUGAGAAGACUAAUAGGAAAGGCAAUGAGAAAAGCAACGAGGAAGGCAAAGAGAAAGGCAAAGAGAAAGGCAAAGAGAAAGGAAAGAAGGAGAGCCGCAAAAGUAGUGUGAUUGAGAAGGGUAAAGGCAAAGACAAAGACAAAGGCAACGAAAAAGGCAGAGAUAAAGGAGAGAAGGAGAAACAUAAGGACAACGACAUAUAUAAAGCGAUAGAGAAGAGUAAUGCGAAAGGCAAGGAGAAAGGGGAAAAGGAGAAGCAUAAAGAGAAGGGUAAUGAGGACAAAAAGAAGAGUGAGAAGCCUAAAGAUAAAACGAUAGGCAAGG